GUGUUUAGCAAUCCGAAACAAUGUCACCAUUCGUCAGGAAUUUGACCUUCCAGUCCAACAACCUCGGCAAGGAGGUGACCAUCAUGCUCGCUUGGAGCUCCAACCUGGAUGGCCUCUACCAGGACGUCUUCCCGAUAGUUUGGAAGGUCAUCAAAUUUGGGAAGGAGGGUCCAUACAAGGCUACCGCGACCUACACAGCCCAAUUUGCUUUCUCCAGAGCCCAGUUCGAGGCCGGGAAGGUCAUCAGCGCUGCAACCUCCGUCAGUAUUAAUCACGGCGAGAAAACAACCCUGACAGAAGCCAACGAGGUCUAUCAUUUCUCUCCCCCUCAGGCGGGAACCUAUGGUACCAUGCAGGCCCAGAACUGCACUGGGACUCCUCAAGGAAUGGCAAUCGGCUUUGUAAACAAAGGAGACUUUAUGCCCACGCCCGCACUCUACUUCAGCGAUGUUGGAAAUAACAGUCGCGUCACGGUAAAGUUCACUCCGACCCUACGUGCCUACGUCACGUCGGACUAUGAAGAGACCGCGGUCUUACGAAGUCAAGUCGACACCCCUGCGAUCUGGUCGCAGGACCUCACUGGACUUGCCCAGAACACAACUUGGAACAUCUCGCGCGACGCGAACACUGGACGUUACACAAUCACCCAUGCUUGAUUAAGGAACGCGAC